GAAUAUUUAUUUUAUAUAUACAGCAUAACCGGGUAUCUCAUCAUAAAUUGGGAAAUGGACCAGGCAAAUGGGGGUAAUCCUGUGACAGACUUGUUCUCCCUUGUUACCAUGUUUUCUUUCCUUUUCUUUUUAUUUUUUCAUUUUUUUGCCCGUCUUCUUUUUUUUUUUCUCAAUCUUCAUCCAUCGACUCCCAUCCAUCUCUCUCUCCAUCCGCACCAUCUUCUCCCUGCUCGCCCUCUCCCUCUCCCUCUUCCUCCUCAUCAUCAGAUGAGUCACUGUCAUCCUCAGCAACUCCCACCGUCCUCUCCUGCACUUCGCCACCCUCUCCGGCCGCCGUCGCCGGCAAGCGACCAGCAAAAGUCCGGCGCACCGCCGCAUUGGUCGACGUGUCCCACACCUGAACCACUCCCUUACUGCCCGCCACCGCCAGCCGGAAGCUCACCUCUGGGUCGGGCGCGAACGUGGUCGAGAAGACCUUGCCCACGUCGAGCUUGCGCGAGACCACCAUGCUGGGCUUGUUGUCCUGCACGUUCCACAGCUUGA